AUGAUUGUAAUUCAAUUACGACAAGCUGAAGUUGGAUGUGUAUCAGAUGAUGGUCGAAUUAUUCCUGUUAGCAACAAAGAAUAUACAUCUCCUACUAAUGUUUGUGAUUUAUGUCGAUGCGAAAGUGAUCAAGCUUUUGUAUGUGAUAGCCGUUGUGACGUCAUCGCUGAAUCAAGCAAUUGUGAAGAGUCUGAAAUGAUUGAAAACAAUGAUCCUAUUUGUCCAUGUCUUGUAUGUCCUGAUCAGAAGGGUAUGUUUAAAUUUGAUCUUUAA